AUGAUGAGGGCAAGUAUAGUGGUUCUUCGAGCGCGUUCGCCUCCUCCUUUUAGGCUGGGCUCUUAAGGGUUAAGACGAGGGGGGAAGCGUUGGUGGACGCACAGGCCGGCUCAUGUCCUGUCAGUGGCGAAUUCGCAAUUUCACUCCCUUUCUGAGCAUCCUUGCUCCCUACUGCCAGCAAUUUCUUGCUGUGGUCGUACACUCCAGCAACCCAGAUUCUCCACCGUUCCGCAAAUUCUUGCUCAGGUUUCAAGCAAGCCACUGACAGCAGCCUGUCUUAUUUUGGGGAACGUAGCCUCCUCGACUGCGGAUGCAGCUUAACAAUAACGCAGGAAGCAUGUUAAAGAACUGCAGCUAUUUGCCUUGCACGUUGUGUUCAUUUCUCUUUAUAUCUCCAUUUUCCUGCUCCGAUCCCAUAAAGGACAAUCUCUCUUGCAAACAAAACCCCCAGAGCCUAGUUAGCGGGACCGAAGGCUCCCAGACACGGAUUGCCUGCCAGCCACAGCACGGUAAGGACAUGAGCACUUUUGGCUAGUUUUGCAUGGCAGUUUGAUGGAGCUUACUGAAUGUGGUUCUUCCCACCUACCCACCCACCCCGUUUGCAUCCAUCAUUUCCAGAUCAGAUUUGUCGGCAUGGCAGGCAGCCCCUGGCAGUCCCAGUCUCCAUUUUCAUCCUCUGA